GUUUUCUUUCUCCUUCCUUAGGUACAUGGCCUCUUCCUACUCUCAACCUAGAAGAAUAAACCCUUAGACUGUGGUGGAAUUGAGCCAGGCAAGCCAAAGGCAGCCUUGAGCCCGCCCCUUGCCUGCCCUCCCCUGCGGGGGCCAGAAUGCUGAAGAAGCAGUCUGCAGGGCUUGUGCUUUGGGGUGCUAUCAUCUUUGUGGGCUGGAAUGCCUUGCUGCUCCUCUUCUUCUGGACACGCCCAGCACCUGGCAGGCCACCCUCAGACAGCAUUCUUGAUGAUGACCCUGCCAGCCUCACCCGUGAGGUGAUCCGCCUGGCUGAGGACGCUGAGGUGGAGUUGGAGCGGCAGCGGGGUCUGUUGCAGCAAAUCAGGGAGCAUCAUGCUUUGUGGAACCAGAAGUGGAGGGUGCCUACUGUGGGGCCUCCAGUCUGGCCCCGUGUGCCUGUAACCCCCUCAGCAGCUGUGAUCCCCAUCCUGGUCAUCGCCUGUGACCGCAGCACUGUCCGCCGCUGCUUGGAUAAGUUGUUGCACUAUCGGCCUUCAGCUGAGCGUUUCCCCAUCAUUGUCAGCCAGGACUGUGGACAUGAAGAGACAGCUCAGGUCAUUGCUUCUUACGGCAGCACAGUCACACACAUCCGGCAGCCAGACCUGAGUAACAUCGCCGUGCAGCCGGACCACCGCAAAUUCCAGGGUUACUACAAGAUCGCCAGGCACUACCGCUGGGCACUGGGCCAGAUCUUCAACAAGUUCAAGUUCCCAGCCGCUGUGGUCGUGGAGGAUGAUCUGGAGGUGGCACCAGACUUCUUUGAGUACUUCCAGGCCACCUAUCCACUGCUGAGAACAGACCCCUCCCUGUGGUGUGUGUCUGCCUGGAAUGACAACGGCAAGGAGCAGAUGGUAGACUCAAGCAAGCCUGAGCUGCUCUAUCGAACAGACUUUUUUCCUGGCCUUGGAUGGCUGCUAUUGGCCGAUCUGUGGGCAGAGCUGGAGCCCAAGUGGCCCAAGGCCUUCUGGGAUGACUGGAUGCGCAGACCUGAGCAGCGGAAGGGACGGGCCUGUAUUCGUCCAGAAAUUUCGAGAACGAUGACCUUUGGCCGCAAGGGUGUGAGCCAUGGGCAGUUCUUUGACCAGCAUCUUAAGUUCAUCAAGCUGAACCAGCAGUUCGUUUCCUUCACCCAGCUGGACUUGUCGUACCUGCAGCGGGAGGCCUAUGACCGCGAUUUCCUUGCCCGUGUCUAUGGUGCCCCCCAGCUACCGGUGGAGAAAGUGAGGACCAAUGAGCGGAAGGACCUGGGGGAGGUACGGGUACAGUACACUAGCAGAGACAGCUUCAAGGCCUUUGCUAAGGCCCUGGGUGUCAUGGAUGACCUCAAGUCUGGUGUCCCCAGGGCGGGCUACCGUGGCAUUGUCACUUUCCAGUUUCGCGGCCGACGUGUCUACCUGGCACCCCCACAGACCUGGGAUGGCUAUGAUCCUAGCUGGAAUUAGCAGCACCUGCCUUUCCCUGCUGGGUCUCCUUGCCAUAUGAGCUGAGCCAGGCCUACAGUCCUGGGCUGCGCCAUCUGUCAGUGUUUCCCUCUGGGGUCUCUGUAUCUGCCCCUCACCUCCCCCCAGUGGCAUUCUAGUGCACAAGU